GUGCAUAUUUCCACAUCAGUUAGCCACUUUCCUUUCAACGUGAGUCCAGGGUUUGUACUUGGUUACGGAUAUAACCCAUUGUCUAUCAGAGUCUCUCUGGAGUUCGUUCCUGAGGCAGUCGAGAGAAAGUCUCGAGAAAGUCACUUCAAGAAGGUCGUCAUUGAAGUUCAUCACAAAGAAAUUGCUUUCAAUCAUCCAGACCCCGUUCUGCAAGUGCUUCUGAUUGCACCCUCGACUAUGGAGGACGCAGGUGCCAGCCCGAAUGCCAGUGCGAAGGAGGCCGUUGAUUACGCUGUGUGGCCACCGAGCCAGCAGAUGAGGGACCGCCUGGUGGAAAGGAUUGCAACCAACCUGACAGCAAUGUCAUUCUUUGAUGAGAAGACAGAGCGCAUUGAUGACAAAGCAGCAGCUGCGUCUGCUGCAAGGAUUGAAUCCACUGCCUAUGCGGCAGCGGAGACCGCCGGCUCUGGUGCUCUGAAGGAAUAUGCGAACAAGGCGGCAGAGUUGGUGCUGGCAGAACUGCAGCAGAAGUCUGUCGCGGCCGCACCACCAGCAAAGGCACCGACCAAUGUGUUUGACGUUUCUGGAGGGAAGCGGGAGAAGGUGGACACAAAGGCAGCUGCAGAGGAGCUUCUGAAACCGAUCUUGACAGCAGAACACUCGUACACAAAAGUUGUUUUGAGCAACAAGAGUUUCAACCAGGAAGGAGCGCAAGUGGUAGCGGCUGCUCUGGCAGCGUCCAAAGCACAGUUGACGGAGGCUGAUUUGAGUGACAUCAUUGCGGGCCAAGAAGAAAAGGAGGCACUCCGUGUGCUGGAGAUCAUCACGGGUGCUUUGAUUGGCAGCAAGCUGCAAUCCCUGAACCUGAGCGACAACGCGCUCGGGGAGAAGGGAGUUCGAGCGGCAAAGGCCAUCUUCGAAAACCAGAGCUCGUUGCAACAUCUUUACUUCUGCAAUAACGGCAUCUCGCCCGAGGCUGCCGCAGCGAUCCACGAACUGCUGGCCGCGCCCAAGGAGCUCCGCACCUUGCACUUCUACAACAACAUGAGUGGUGACGAUGGGGCAAAGAUUCUGGCGAAGGUCGUGACCGCUGCACCAGUGCUCGAGGACUUCCGCUUCUCUUCGACGCGGGUCGGAAGCGAGGGUGGUGCGGCGCUGGCAUCCGCGCUACUUUCCGGGUCCAGCCUGCAACGGCUAGACUUGAAGGACAACGGCUUUGGCCCAGAGGGGGGCAUGGCGCUCGCCAAGGCGUUGACAGCGCAUCCAAAGCUCCGGGAAGCGAUCCUUUCAGACCUAAGCCUAGAAGACGAGGGGUCGGUUGCGGUCGCGAAAGCACUGGCUUCAAGGUGCCCAGACUUGGAGGUACUGGACCUGUCCGGAAACGACAUCACCCCGAAGGCUGCGACCGCCGUCGCGGAGGCUAUCCGGGGGAAACAGAAGCUGCGGAAGCUGAACCUGGCGGACAACGACCUCCGGGACCGGGGGGCGGCCGUCAUCGCGAAAGUCCUCGAAAUAGGGCACGAGUCUCUUGAGGAGUUGGACCUGACCUGCAACAGCCUCGGCCACAUGGGAGCAGUCGCUGCCGCCAAAGCGGUCGUCUCCAAACCUGCCUUCAAGCUUUUAUCCCUCAAUGAUAACCACAUCUCGGAAAAGGGGUUGGAGGAAUUGCAAGACCUAUUUCAGGACCGGAAAGAGGCUCUGGGGUCUUUGGAAGAUAAUGAUGAAGAAGGAGAGGAAGAGGACGAAGAGGACGAGGAGGAAGAAGAAGGGGAAGAGGAAGAGGGGCCGGAAGCUGGGGAGCUUGCGGAAAAGCUAGGGGGGUUGAAGGUUUGAAUAUGAGCUUUCAAGGCGAUGUCUCAGGUUAGAACUGCACUGACGGUUAUACUUAUUAUGGAUUCGCUUCAGGCGGGCCAUGAGGUAAUGGCUCCGCGGGUACGUUGAGCCGAGUCUUCAAGAGCUGAUUGGUACUACAGAUAGUUGUCUACCGAGGUCGUUCUGAGCUUACUUGAUGCAGAUCUGAUACGUCUUGAAUGUCAAGACGUGGAUAUUUAGUACCUUACAUGCAAAACUUAUGUCUUGGUUCUGUGCAACUUAUAGUAAC